ACACUCAGGCAGCGUUGGUGGGAAAUGGUUUGCUAUCUUGCUUCGACUCCGCCCAACCACAAUGAGUUUCGGUGUACGCCGGCUCCAUCGCAACCCAUCCCAUGUACGGAGGGUGAAUAGACUUCCUGUCGCUUGCAUCUCCCAGACCUCCAACACCUCAGACUGACUGUGGACUUGAACCGGACUUUAAAAAAUGUCUUCACCACCGACAUUUUCAGAUACAGACCCAAACCAACACAGACGUGUGUCUUCAAAGUCCAACCCUGGAUUCCUGGAGCGACUCAGUGAAACUGCAGGAGGGACCGUCUUCGGCAUCGGACUGUUUUUCCUUUCAUUUUAUGUUCUCUUCACCAAUGAGGGACGGGCUCUGCGAACAGCGUCUGCUCUGGAUGAGGGUCUGUCUCAGGUCGUGUCGUUGGAGUCUUUCUCAAGCCUUGACCCCCAGAACAACAACCGUUUAGUCCACCUGUCUGCCAAGCUCAGCACCUCACAGCCCCUGCAUGACCCAAACUACAGAGUGGUGAUGCAUGCAGUGAAGCUGAAGAGGGAGGUGGAGAUGUAUCAGUGGGUGGAGUACCGGGACAGCAAGGAUUACCAGGAGGAUGGAGAGACCAAAACUGAAACAACGUACAACUACAACACUGAGUGGAAAUCAGAGCUGAUCAACAGUCGUAACUUUGACAAGGAAAUCGGUCACCAGAAUCCAAGUGCCAUGGCAGUAGAGAGUGUCACAGUCGUGGCUCCUGAGGUCAGAGUUGGACCUUUCAUUCUGUCUAAAGGCUUGGUGGAGCAGAUAAAUAACUUCCAGACACUGAGUCUGAGGGAUUUUCCUCUCUCUGAAAUCGACUCUUUUCUCACCAUUAAUGACGAUUAUUUCUAUCACACUCAGAAUCCACGCAGGCCGGAGGUUGGGGAUGUGCGUGUGAGCUUCUCCUAUGCUGGACUGAGCGGUGAGACGUCUUACCUCGGCCCUGCACACACUGCCAGUGUUGUGGCCAUGCAGAGAGGGGAGCAGCUGAUGCCUUUUAAAGCCAAGUCAGGAGACACUCUGGAGAUCCUGUACCUGGAGGAGCUCUCUGCUGAGGAGGUUUUUGCGAAAGAACACCAGCAAAACAGUAUGAAGACGUGGGGACUCAGGGCUGCAGGCUGGGCCCUCAUGUUCCUCAGUAUACAGCUGACCAUGCGUAUCAUCUACACUUUGGUGGACUGGGUUCCUGUUCUCAGAGAUCUGGUGUCUGUGGGGCUAAAGAUCUUCGCUUUGUGCGUCUCCUGCUCUCUGUCUCUGCUCACCAUCGGAGCCGGUUGGUUCUUUUACCGUCCUCUGAUGGCUGUGGCUCUGGGAGCACUUGCUCUGCUUCCAGUGUUUCUCGCCCGUUCAGGACUUCCGGCCAAGAAGAACGAAUGACUUGUGAAGUGACAGUUAUCUCAACGGUUUGUGCUGCAUGGCUGCAGCCGACCAUCAGGGAUGUCAGACCGGUGUAUGCAGUAUGGGAGUUGCUUUGUUUGGGGGGAACACAUAUUUUGGUAUUGAAUGUGUUCUUGUUAAAAAGGAAGAAAUUUUAUUUUUACAUAUGUUUUCUUGUUUGUUUGUAAUCUGUAAUAAACAUCAGUUUAUUACCCUCAAAUGUAUUUAUGAAAAAGAAAACAUAUUUUGUGCACUGUUAUUAAUCUGUGAGACUCUGCUGGAGGCUGUUUUUGUUGCUUUCAUUUGGUGUCUUUGUUGUUAUUCGAUAUGCUUUAAGUUUAUUUACUCAUUCUCUCUAUAUACAUGUAUACUUGAUAUUUUGUUGUUUGGAGAUGAGCGGAGAACAGUUGCAGUCUUCAAAUGUUGUUUCUCACACUUAAGUAAUGUAAAAUAGCCUUGUCUCAUAUUGUAAAUAGAACUUACCAAAGACUUCUUGUGCUCUCUCAUUCAGUUUAUUCAGUACAUCUUUUCAAAUCUGAUGCAGUCUGAUACAAAAGCCCUGAAGUAACCCCUCCCUGGUGAAAGUGAUGAUCUGUUUUUCAUAACUCUUUAUAACCAUGUUGGAUAACCAUAUUUCUUUUCUGAGGCUGUUUCUGGUGAACUGUUCUGAGAUAUACUGUGAGAUGAUUCUAAUGUUUAGUCUACAAUCAAGGAUUCUAACAGGCACAGAGGUAGUUUAACAAGGACUAAAUUAUAACCACUAAGUUAGAAGGUUCAUUUCUCACUAUCUGCUUCACUUGGAGAAACAUUUUAUAUCAUGACAAAGUGUGGACACAAACACUUACUGUGUGUUGGCACUUACCAAAGAAUUUUGUUAUUUUUUGUUGUAUCAGUUGUAUUGUUAUGCAGUGUGUCCAAAAUAAACACUUAGUGUGUGUCAGCAAAAGACCAAAUCAACUCCUGGCUCCAAUCGGAGUAAAAGGGAAAGAAAAGGGGCAGAUGUGUUGGUCCUUCCUGUUUGGUAUUGGCUCACUACAGAAUCAUGAGUAGUGGCAGGUAUAAAAAAUUGAGGCACACAAAUGUUAGACUUUGCAAUAAAGACAUCCCUGAAGUUAGACAAUGAA